CCUCCCCCACUUCCCGUUUGUUGUUCAGCUAAAAUGGCGUCAGCGUCUAUCUAACAGAUUGCGUUUGGCUAGUAAAAUGCAACGUGUCGUAGAUAUAAUCAAAGCUAGUAAAUAUGCAUUCGUGGACGAGAAGAAUACGAAUUAGUUAGCUAUAUGAAGGAAGCUGUCAAAAGAACAAUUUGAUAUUUAUAUAUGUUCGGCGUGUUUACUUCGAUCGGCCUAAAAUUAUUCAACGAAGGGAGGGGUAGGUAAUUUACUACAACUCCCAUCAGCACUCUCGCGGCUGUGUCAAGUGGUUAACCCCGCUUUGGUGCAUGCCGGUAGAUGUAGUUUUAUGCCAUUCUUUGGGUCUUGGCCUCACUGAACACCGCAGUCCCCCAAUUCCCCGGCCUCUCAGGGACGGAGAGAGGGAGGGAACGCUGUGGCAAUGUUUGCAGUGCAUGGGAACGGACAGCACGCCAAACGGACGGCCACCAGCAGGGAGGCGUCUGCCCCGGAGUCCUCGCUGAGCUGGUGUCUGACGCAGCUCUCCAAAGCUGGACCCGCAGCGAGUGCCCAGACGGAUGGAGGGGGGCAGCCGGACCGCGGGGGAGAGGAGCGGGCGAAGGAGGCAGAGCGGCGGGCUCAAGCCGGGCUGUGGCGAGCGCUGGUGGCCAUCCGCACGCGGCACAUCAAAGGCGGCAGCGCCGGGAUCGCACGCUACCGGGCUCGCGGCGGACUGCCACCGCUCCUCAAGGUCCUCUGCCACCCGGGCUGUCACCGCAAGACCCAGGACCUGGUGCUGAGCAUCCUGGCCAACUGCUGUACGGAGGGCGAGAGCCGCACACAGGUGCGGAAACUGGGAGGAAUUGGCCACGUGGUGACCAUUCUGAAGAACGUUCCGGUUGAUUCGGUCCAGAACCGAGCCGCUCGGGCCCUUGGGAACCUGGCCAUGGACCCGCAGAACUCCGCCCUCAUCCACUCGGCCGGUGGUGUUGCUCCCCUCAUCCUCUGCCUUUCCCCUCCCUCCUCCUCCUCCUCCUCCUCCUCCUCCUCUUCCUCCUCCCCUUGCCCGGCCCCCGCGGCCACGCCCUGCCCCAAACUGGAGUGCGCCCAGUCGGCGGCCCGCGCCCUGCUCUACCUCUCGGACACCCCGGCCAACCGGCUGUCCGUGCUGUCCCAGGGGGCCGUGGCCGCGCUGGCCCUGCUGCUGGGGCCCGAGCACCCCGCCGGGCUCCGCCGGGCCUCCCUGCGGGCCCUGGGCGAGCUGACCCGCGGCUGCACCCCCGAGUGCGCCCGGGAGGUGUCCCGCAGCGGGGCGCUGGCCCAGCUGGCCGCCCUGGCCCUGGACCCCGGGGCCCCGGCCCUGGCGGAGGCGGCCCUGAGGACGCUGGCCGGCCUGUGCGCCCAGGGCUGCCUGCGCCCCCUGGUGGGCUCCCUCGGGGUGAUCGGCAAGUUCACGGAGGAGGUGAAGCGGUCGGGGGCCAAGUCGGGCCCCUUCCUCCGGGCGCUCUGCCUGUGCUGCAAGGAGGCGGUGAACCGGGUCAAGGUGAAGGAGAGCGGCGGCCUGGAGGCCCUGAUUGGCUUCCUCUCGGCCAAUCAGAGCCACCCCCUUUCCCGAUUGGCCGUCCUGGCCUUCGUCGACUUCGUCUACGACGAGUCGGCCAUGGAGCAGCUCCAGGGUCUGGGCCUGGUGCCGCUGCUGGUCUCCCGAUUGGUCGCUCUGGCUAAAGGGGAGGAGACGGCCGGCGGGGAGGCGGACGCGGCCCUGUCGUCCUCCCCGUCAGAGCUGAUGGACACGUCCUGCUUCGACUCGUUUGACUUCCCCCCUCCCGAGGGCCACAGGAGGGAGGAGGCGGGGAAGGAACCGGCCCAAGGCUCAUCCAGCUUCCUCAGUUUGAGGUCCUGGCUGCUGUCCGAGGGACUGAUCUCCUGCGAGGGAGAGCUGCUGUCUCCUUCAGGAGGCGGAGAGGGGAGCUGGAGCAGCCUGUCCCCCACCCCUGCCACCACCCCUGGCUCCGCCCCUGCCCCCGCCUCCGCCCCCACCCCUGCCACCACCCCUGGCUCCGCCCUCCCGUCUUCAUACCACAAAAGAGCGGCCGCGUCUGCCUCCACCCCUCUUCCCCCUCCCCCCUUGGCCCUGCAGCAGUCUCCCCACAAGCCCGUCUCCUCGCCCCCCUCCCAGCCUUCCCCUCCUCCCAAAAAACAGCCCCAGACCCGCUCCGGCGCCCCCUCUAGCGCCCCUCCUCCCGAUACCCCUCCCGGGCCCCCGUACCAGCACCCGUACCACCCCGAGCCCUGGACGAGCGAGUCCCCGAUCCUCCUCCUGCUGUCCCGCUUCUCGCAGUCCAUGGACCCCAGCGCGGCGCUGGUCCACUCGGGCGUUCUCCCCGGCCUGCUGUGUUACCUCACUCAGCGCCAGGACCCCAGCGCCAGGUGCUUCCGCAUGCUGGGCCGCCUCAGCUGCAACCCAAACUGCCUGCAGGGGCUGGUCCGGACCGGGGCGGCGGUCCUCAUCCGGCUCCGCCUCUGUCUGAGAGAGGGUCUGAAGGAGGGGGACAGACAGACGGACAGGGUUAAGGCCAGCACGCAGCAGCUGGGUAAGGCUCUGCUCAAUAACCUGCGCGUGCAGUGUGAGUCCAGCUUCGGCUCCGGGGUGCUGAGCCACAUCAUGCUGUCCGGUUCUGAUACAGACAGGCUGUACUGUACCCUCAGCUUGCCCCUGUUAACCAGUAACAAGCUCCUGCAGAAGAAACUCCUCCUGGACAAUGGAGGCUUGCAGUCUGCUUUGGAACACAUAGGUUGGCAUGACGACAGUAAGGACCACACCCUUGGAUUCUGGAAGUCUCUCGCGAGUUGGCUGCACCCCCCUCAGCCCGCCACUCCAGGACGUCUGUGUUCUCUCUACUUCCUCCUCCUCUCAGAGUGUCUCUCCUGUUUGAUGGGACCGUCCAGACUGGACCCGAACAAGCAGCAGAGCUCCUGGUUGGGCUCUGCGACUGGUGCGGGCGUGUCACAGAACAACGUUAGCGUCCCGCUAAUCUCCGAAAGUCCCUCGCCCCCUCCCUCUAAAAAGCCGUGCCUCGCCUGCCCCUACCUGGACUCGGACUUUGACGUGGUCUUCCUGCUGGACGACGGCAGUCGGUUUGCAGCCAGUGAGGACGCCGUCGCCGGGGGCGAUGGGUCAGAAAGGGUCGGGUCGGAGUAUUUCCGGGCCUUGCUGAAGGGGGGGUUUGGGGAGGCACAGAGGAGGAGUGGGGAGGGGAUCCCCAUAAGGGAUGUAACAGCCCAAAUGCUGCUGCCUGUCUUACACUACCUACAUGGGUGUUGCGUGUCUCCCAGAGAGGAGAUGGGUACAGUUGGACAGAUUGAGGGACAGAAGGGGACUGGGGGCAGUAGGCCACGUGGGCACUGUGCGGUUUUGGGAUCUCUUGCAGUGGGGGGACUGGGGGAGAGUAGCUCAGAGGAGAGGGAGGGGUUCCAGAACAGCCCCUUAGCUGAAGCCAUGGUGGGGGCCAGCAGGUUUUUGGUGUCCGGGCUGCAGGAGGAGCUGGAGGCCUUGUGCGUGUCCCUGCUCCAGUCCCACAGUGUUUCGCGGCCCAUCUCCGUGACCUCCGAGUCUGAGGCACGGCUGGUAUCUAAAGCAGACUGUCGGCUCCAACCAAACACGCCCGAGUCCGCGGGCCGAAGGGGGCCGGAGUCCGUGUGUGAGAGGGGGAGCGGGAAAGAUUUGAGCUCCGACCCAGACGGUGACGUUGUGGCGCCGGUAGAAUCCAGGAAGCAGGCUGUAGGCUCGGGGGUGCAGCAGGGACACUCAGCCAACCAGUGGGGCCAACUGCAGCCCAGGAGCGAGCUCGUCAUGGGGAAAGCGUCGGAAGUGGGAAUAAGAAGAAAACCGAACACUCCGUGUGUCUUAAAUUUGGCAUUCAGGGCAAAGCGUAGUAUAGGAUCUGCCUUUAAGGCUAGCGAUGUCCACCUGGACUCUAUCGUAGCAUGGGGAUCUGCAACAAGAUUAGAUUCUGAACUGCUAUCAGAAUCUGACAACCUAGAUAGUGGAUUGCUAGAGCAAGCAAGGUCAGGUUCUCCCACAAGGUUAAAUUGCCAGCUUUUGCUUGAGGGUGUAGCAGAUGCUGCUGCAGGUUCUGAAGCAUCAAGCAACUCUGAACCGCCACCUGGAGCUCCAACAGUGGAGAGGGGUACAGAGUUGGCCAGCAAUGAGGAUGUCAGGCCUUGGUUGGGUUCAGGGGAAAGCUCACAUGAUAGUCCAGGUGCAGGUUCCGCAACCAAGCCAGUUGACGUAAUGAAAACCGAAUUAAACUCUGGGUCUAGAUCACGUUCGGAAUCGGGUAGUGUGUCAGGAAUGAAGCUCGACUCGGGUUGCAAGUGGUCAUCAGAUCCAGGCCCAGAUUUCAUCACGGUUGAUAAAAUAACCUCUCACUUUCACUUUGGUCCAAGUCAGGACUCAGAACCAGGCUUGAAGCCACUUUCUGGUUUGUGGCGAACAUCUGCACUGGACCAUAAAACGGAGAGACUCUCACGGGCUAUGUCCAAAUCCUGCUGCCUGUCGGAUCGCAGUCCUGGCACGAAGUCAGGCUCCGCCCCCCAGAAAGACGGUGCUCCUGAUUUAAAGGCAGACCCUCAUAGUCCAGAUCCUACAGCGGAACCAGGCAACACGUCUCCUAUAAGAUCAGGCCAGGCCUCUGGAUCACAGUCUCGACAGGACUCGAAAGCAUCCAGUCCGUCAGACCUUAAAUUAGCCAAACCCUCAGGGCCCAAAUUAGAUUUGAGCUCAAGGCUUGAAAGCAUGCCAGGCACAGGACGUGGCUCUCCCGCAGCCCCGGGUCGGGCACCCCGCCCCAUGCCAGAUACGGAUCGUGAGUGGCAGUCCCUUGUCACCACCCUCCCGGAACUCUACCGUUUCUCACAGCUCCAUAACUACCUUCGCUUGCGUCAGAUGUGCCUCUCUGUGCUGCUGUGGCAACAGAGGACCUCACCCCAGCUGCCCCUCUCCCUGGCUGCGGACUGUUUGUCUAAGCUGGCGCGUAGGUCGCACUGCAUCGAGACCCUAAAACGAGACAUCCUGCUUCUGGUGACUCUGGCGCUGAGCUGAGGUCGCAACGGAAGUGACGUGUUUUUCCACAGGUCAGCUGGUGAGUUGCGAGUAAAUGCCGUUGUGUGUCGAUUAUAUACCAGUGUAAUCAUAUGUACACGCCUGUGUCCUUUCUUUGCAAGGGGCCAACUGUUAAGAGGUGUGCUGUCAGGCAGUGGGACUGGUUCCCAUCGGAGAAUAGGCGGCUGGACUGUGUUGCUCAAGACUCAGCGCCAGUAGUGCUUGCGGGGACUCUGUGCCGCCGGGAGGUUGCAGGUUUCAGUCCCAGGAUGGGGCACAGUCAUCGUACCGUGGAGCUGGGUAUUCCACCCGAAUUGCUUCUGAAAAAAAUCAAGCUGUGCGAAUGGACUGAAGCCUGUAAAAGUGUGUACUUCAUCAAUGGACCUGCUUAAGAGGACAUGGAAUCACACACACUGCAGCACUUACUAGUCUUGCAUUUAUGUUUGUAAAAAGGGUUAUUGGAAUCAAGUAUAAUUAAUAACAGGGACAGAAUAAUAUGAUUUUUAGUUUUGUUCAGUAAACGGAGUCCCCGAUACAUUAGUUAAAUGACACGCACAAUCACGUUUGGGCCAAAUGCUCUUGUUCAAAUUGUAAUACAGAUCGUUCUAAAAUACAGAGAGAAGAUGGGGUUGGAAAAAUUAUGAUAUUGUCUCCCAUUAUCAGUUUAUUCUCUCAAUAAAUAUGCUAAUCUAUAGCCCA